GUUUGCGUGUGGUCACAGUUCCCGCCAUCAGCCGCUCUCCCUGACUAGGGGGAGUGAGCGGCCCCUCUUUUACGUGCCCGGUGUCCCUUCCUUCCUUACCCCCGGCUCCUCCCCCUCCGCGCGGACUCUGUGCUUCCGGCAGGCCAGUGCCGGGCUCCGGACUCGCAGGUACAGCUGAGUUGAUGGCUUCCGGAGAACUGGCAUAGCUGCAAAAUAUGAGUAGUUCCCCAAGAAGAGUGCAUUGCCUUUGGCACAAGGAUCAGAAUAAAGGUGAAUUGUUAUUACAUAGGGUUUUUCAGUAAAAGUCACUGAAAAAAUCUGUCAGGUGAAGGUGUAUUUUUGCUUUUUAAUUUGGCUAGAAGCAAUUUAUUUUUAAAGAAAGUAUGUCUCCUCUGAAGAUACACGGUCCUAUCAGAAUUCGAAGUAUGCAGACUGGAAUUACGAAAUGGAAAGAAGGGUCCUUUGAAAUUGUGGAAAAAGAGAAUAAAGUCAGCCUAGUAGUUCACUACAAUACUGGAGGAAUUCCAAGGAUAUUUCAGCUAAGUCAUAACAUUAAAAAUGUGGUGCUUCGACCGAGUGGAGCGAAACAAAGCCGCCUAAUGUUAACUCUACAGGAUAACAGCUUCUUGUCUAUUGACAAAGUACCAAGUAAGGAUGCAGAGGAAAUGAGGUUGUUUCUAGAUGCAGUCCAUCAAAACAGACUUCAUGCGGCCAUGAAACCUUCUCAGGGGUCUGGUAGUUUUGGAGCUAUUCUGGGCAGCAGAACGUCACAGAAGGAAACCAACAGGCAGCUUUCUUACUCAGACAAUCAGGCGUCUUCAAAAAGAGGAAGUUUGGAAACUAAAGAUGAUAUUCCAUUUCGAAAAGUUCUUGGUAAUCCAGGUAGAGGAUCAAUUAAGACUGCGACAGGAAGUGGAAUAACUGUCACCCGGACAAUUCCCUCUUUGACAUCUACAUCAACCCCUCUUAGAUCAGGGUUAUUAGAAAAUAGGACUGAAAAGAGGAAAAGAAUGUUAUCUGGCUCAGAACUGAAUGAAGAUUACCCUAAGGAAAAUGAUUCAUCAUCGAACAACAAGGCUAUGACAGAUCCUUCCAGAAAGUAUUUAACCAGCAGUAGAGAGAAGCAGCUGAGUUUGAAACAGUCAGAAGAGAAUAGGACAUCAGGGCUUUUACCUUUACAGUCAUCAUCCUUUUAUGGUAGCAGAACUGGAUCCAAGGACUACACCUCUGGUAGCACUAAUUUAGACAGGACUAAUGUUUCAAGCCAAACUCCCUCUGCCAAAAGAAGUUUGGGAUUUCUUCCUCAACCAGCUCCUCUUUCUGUUAAAAAACUGAGGUGUAACCAGGAUUACACUGGCUGGAACAAACCAAGAGUGCCCCUUUCCUCUCACCAACAGCAGCAACUGCAGGGCUUCUCCAAUUUGGGAAAUACCUGCUAUAUGAAUGCUAUCUUACAAUCUCUUUUUUCACUUCAAUCAUUUGCAAAUGACUUGCUUAAGCAAGGUAUCCCAUGGAAGAAAAUUCCACUCAAUGCACUUAUCAGACGCUUUGCACACUUGCUUGUUAAAAAAGAUAUCUGUAAUUCAGAGACCAAAAAAGAUUUACUCAAGAAGGUUAAAAAUGCCAUUUCCGCUACGGCAGAGAGAUUCUCUGGUUAUAUGCAGAAUGAUGCUCAUGAAUUUUUAAGUCAGUGCUUAGACCAGCUGAAAGAGGACAUGGAAAAGUUAAAUAAAACUUGGAAGACUGAACCUGUUCCUGGAGAAGAAAAUUCGUCAGAUAUUUCAGCCGCCAGAGUGUACACCUGCCCUGUUAUUACUAACUUGGAGUUUGAGGUUCAGCACUCCAUCAUCUGUAAAGCAUGUGGAGAGAUUAUUCCCAAGAGAGAACAGUUUAAUGACCUCUCCAUUGACCUUCCUCGAAGGAAGAAGCCACUCCCUCCUCGUUCAAUUCAAGAUUCUCUUGAUCUUUUCUUUAGGGCAGAAGAACUUGAGUAUUCCUGUGAGAAGUGUGGUGGGAAGUGUGCUCUUGUCAGGCACAAAUUUAACAGGCUACCCAGGAUCCUCAUUCUGCAUUUGAAACGAUAUAGCUUCAAUGUUACUCUCUCACUUAACAACAAGAUUGGGCAGCAAGUCAUCAUCCCAAGAUACCUGACCCUAUCCUCUCAUUGCACUGAAAAUACAAAACCACCCUUCACCCUUGGUUGGAGUGCACAUAUGGCAAUUUCUAGACCAUUGAAAGCCUCUCAAAUGGUGAAUUCCUGCAUCACCAGCCCUUCUACACCUUCAAAGAAUUUUCCCUUCAAAUCCAAGAGCUCCUUGGCUUUAUGCCUUGAUUCAGACAGUGAGGAUGAGCUGAAGCGCUCUGUGGCCCUUAGCCAGAGAAUCUGUGAAAUGUCAGGCUGUGAACAGCAGCCGGAAGACCUGGAAAAAGAUUCAAGAUCAUGUAGGGUAGAUCCUGAUAAGUCUGAAUUGGAAAACUCCGGAUUUGACGGAAUGAGCGAAGAAGAGCUUCUAGCAGCUGUGUUAGAGAUGAGUAAGAGAGAAGCUUCACCAACUCUGAGUCAUGAAGAUGAUGAUAAACCAACCAGCAGCCCAGAUACCGGAUUUGCAGAAGAUGAUAUUCAAGAAAUGCCUGAAAAUCAAGACCCUGUGGAGACUGAGAAGCCGAAAACAGUCACAGAGCCUGAUUCUGCCAGUUUUACUGAGAUAACCAAAGACUGUGAUGAGAAUAAAGAAAACAAAACUCCAGAAGGAUCUCAAGGAGAGGUCGAUUGGCUCCAGCAGUAUGAUAUGGAGCGUGAAAGGGAAGAGCAGGAGCUUCAGCAGGCACUGGCUCAGAGCCUUCAAGAGCAAGAAGCUUGGGAACAGAAAGAAGAUGAUGACCUCAAAAGAGCAACAGAGUUAAGUCUUCAAGAAUUUAACAACUCUUUUCUGGAUUCAUUGGGUUCCGAUGAGGACUCUGGCAAUGAGGAUGUUUUAGACAUGGAGUACACAGAAGCCGAGGCGGAGGAACUAAAAAGAAAUGCAGAGACAGGAAAUCUUCCUCAUUCUUACCGACUCAUUAGUGUGGUCAGCCACAUCGGCAGCACCUCUUCUUCAGGUCACUACAUUAGUGAUGUGUACGACAUUAAGAAGCAGGCGUGGUAUACUUACAAUGAUCUCGAGGUGUCUAAAAUCCAAGAGGCUUCUGUGCAGAGCGAUCGGGAUCGGAGUGGUUAUAUCUUCUUUUAUAUGCACAAGGAGAUCUUUGAUGAGCUGCUGGAAACGGAAAAGAAUUCUCAGGCACUUAGCAUGGAAGUGGGGAAGACCACUCGUCAGGCCUUGUGAGGAACAGACUCCUGGGUCGGCAGUGUGCACUGCGUAUUCCUUCUUACUGCUGCCCACCUCACCUCACCUCUGCAGGAGGAGAAUUCGGAAUUCUACUUGAUGCGGGAGCAACAAACAGCUCAGGGCCAAACCAAAAGACGAAAAUUGCAAUUAUGUGGAGCGCUCCAUGCUAAUUGUUUUAUGGAAACUUUGGUCUCACAUCUGUAGCUGAUAACCCUCUCUUUCUCCUACAAGAGUGGCACUUCCUUUUGUCUUAGGAAUACAUGUUGUAAAUGUAUGUGUGUGUGUAUAUAUAUAUACAUACAUACAUACAUACGUAUGCGCACACAUACACGUGGAAUGAAUGGAGCCUUAAAGAGUUGGGAUGAGCCACCGCAGUAUGCCUGCUCAGAACGAAUAGCACAGCAGUUUGGAGAAGAAAUGAAGGUGUCAGAGUCCAUUCACCUGAGAGAGGUGGAAAGAUGUACAUAUCAGUUGGCAUUUAGCUUUUCUGUUCCUUGAGUAGUUUCACUCAAGUCUAUAAUCUUUCAUGUGUGUUUCUUAUUAGUAAAGUUCACUGGAAAUCCAGCUCUCCGUGUUACACGAAUGACAGUUUGUCCUCCUUGCCAAGGAGAGGCAUUUCUGCCGCCUGACUUGAGGAGCUUUUUUGUAUAAAAUUACUUCAUGGAUUUGUAACGCUUUUGCUGUUUACAUGCAGUCCCAAGAAAUGGAUUGUUGGUGCUCUGGAAUGGGUUAUGGUCCCCUGUUUGGUAUUCAUUGUACACUUUGUAUUUUCUUUAAAAAAGAUAUCCUUCACAGUAUAUACAUUGUAUGUCAUCUGUAUUAUUAUGGUAGUGAAGAUAGAAUCUUUUCCUUUUCUUCUGUGUCAUUCUUCCAUGGAGCAAGCAUUGCCCUAAAAGAUUGCAACCAAAAUUUUAAGAGGUAAGAAAAUAAUAUCCCAGUUGGGAUUCCCCAGCAAGGACACUUGGGGAUAAGGAAGAAUGCUGGCAUCUGUCUCUCAUACAUGGAGAGUUCAGUCUGAGGAUUCUUGUGUGAAAGCUAAACACUCGGGACCGCGAGGAGCCCUACUGCAAGUGGGAAAUUAAGUACGUGAGCUUAGGAUGAAGCUUGAGCAUUUAAUCAUUUGCUAUCUUUCCCCUUAAAAACAGGAUGAGAACGAGAAUGAGAUUGGUUUAAGUAAUCUCAAGAACCAAAAGAUAACAAAGGUGUAUAAUAUAUUCUGUCUUUUUAGGUGCUCUGAGUUGAGGCUAAGCAGCGGUGCAGCAGUCCGUGCCACAGUAGUCACUCCGCUGGCAUGACCAGCGUGGAUAUUGGGGAGCCGGGGAAGCCACAAAAAGAAUGAGUUCGAGGGGUGAAUUCUGUCCACAGAAUAACUUUGUAAGCCUAGGAAUCAUUAGGUUUGCACAGUUAAGUGUAGCAAAAAAACCUUCAGUAUUUUCUUUCAUUUUUUACUUUUUUUUUUUUCAAUAAGGAGGGAAUUCUUGGUUCAGUUCUGAGGUAGGGACAAAAACCACCUCAGUUUUUCAAGGGGAAGAAACAUGUUAAAGUCCAUCAUCACAGGAGGUGCAACGUCUUUUCUAGAAGAUCACCUUAAGAGAGCUCCAGACCCCACACUUGGACAUGUUCUGACAUAGUAACUUGUUCUAAAAUUCUUGGUUUUUACAUUGUAAGUGGCCCCAGCACAUUGCUCAACUACAGAUGAAUGUUCUGCCUCCCGCCGUGUACCUACACACUACCACAGUGAAUGUAGCGAAAGGGUGUGCUGGUCGGCUGCACGUGAGCAGAACAGAGCAGAGGAAAAUACUUGGUUUAGAAACAAUAGCUUUUGCUCGAAAAUAACUGGUUUUCUCCCAGAUGAGUGAAGUGGUGAUCAAAUUCGAUAGCUAGUUAGGACUCUUCUCCUGCGUGGUUGCAUUUGAGAGCUUUGAAAGGUGCUGUUAGAAAUGACUGGAAACAUUUUGAAGUGGGGAUGCAUUAGGGCAUUAAAAAAAAAAUAGAAAUGAUGCCAUAAGCUCCAUGCCCAUGAAGUGCCCUCAUUUGACUUGCUUUUUGUAGCGCGCGCGCGCGCGCGCGCGUGUGUGUGUGUGUGUGUGUGUGGUUUAGAAGUACUCAUGGCUCAGAAACCUGGUUGGAUUUGAUCUUCAUUUCUUGGGCUGGACUUGCUAGUUGAAAAUAGGUUACUGAGGUAGAUGAAUUAUCUUAACUGCUAAUGUGCUUGCGAAUUUGGGGCUUGACUUUUUCUCGGUAGCCGUGCAUUGUUGUGCUCGUGUCAGCGUCCCUCCCUCCCCGUGCUCCGUUAUCCCCCCUUUCACUACGCUUUAGUUCUCAUUUGGGUUCAUGACUACAGGUGGACAUUUCAGCUGGACCGCAUUAAAAGGGUUUAUUGUUUUUUUGAGCUGGUUGUAUAUAUUUAAAAAGUGUAAGUAGAUAAUAUAUUAUUUUUUUGCACAGUAUGAUCAGUUUGCUCAGAAUCGGGGGAAUGGGGCAUUUGAUUGUGUUGGCGCUGGGAAGGGACAAGUCAGAGAGGGACAGAGUGCUUCAGUCCCAGGCAGCCUACCCAGUCACCUUUCUACUGAAAAUACCAAAAAUGGUUACAUUACUUUAACUGAUGUUGAAUUGGAACUUGACAGCACUUACUUCUGCAGACAGCUGAUCUUAACUGAAAUUUUUUGGAAGGGAAAACUAAGCUAAAAUUCAAACUUACUGAUUCUUAUCACCUAGUAUUAUGGAGAAUUGGAAGCUGCAUGUGGCCAGGUGGCUGCCGUCCCUAAUUAGUAGCCAUGACUGUAAUUUAGGCCCGUGAGAAGACAGACUCUGUUUUGCGGGGAAUGUAUUUACAGGUGUGUGCACACUCAUGCGCUUCGUCUCAGCAGGAGAGAAUAAGAAGCAGCAAGUCCAUGAAUUGUUCUUCUAUUUAUAUUUUGAUUCCAAAAGCUAUUUGUUUACUUGCCAUGGGCUGUUAAUUUCAGGCCUAACUUAAUGGCUCAGUAACAGAUGUAAUAAAUGUAAAUGUGUUUACGUUUUUAGAAUUGUACAGUGAUACUUACAGAACAGCUGAUUAACUCUGGGAGGCAAAUACUAGACUACAUUUCUUUACUUCUCUUCUUGUUCAAGUGUAGAAUUCUUCCAAAAGAGAAACUUUAAGAAUUAAAACCUCAGCAAGUGAAUUCAUGAAUUUACUUACUCUUCCAUAGUGCAGUGACCGUUAUGUAACUCUAUGAACAUAGCUCUGCGCGUGUACAGCUACAGACACAGUCAUAUGAUGAAAAUGAUUUGGAAACACCUGAGAGAUUUUUGGCACAUCUCUAUAGUUGAGUGUUACGAGUAUAGAGCAAGCUUGGGGGUGAGGUUUGGAAACAUACAGAAAGAAAUUUGUAAACUCAUUCCUGAUCUGAAAAGACUUUAUAUUAAAACAAAAAUAUUACUCUUCUUUGUCCUCUGAAAUGACCACAGUGGAUGCUCUUAGUCAUCCAGACUUCCUUUUUUUUUUCUCUUUGCUUUAAUUGGCAGCCCCCCCACCCCACACCCCCAUAGGUGGAGUUUUAAAUCAGGGAAACAGAGCUAGAUCUCCCAAGUACAUUUGGAUCUUGUAUAUAUCUGGAGAUUUUUAGAAAAAUCAACAACCCAGUACCACGGGCAAUCCCGUUGAGUAUCCCCCACGAAACAGGCGUGUCCUCUUCCUUCUCCCCAUCUUGCUUUGCCACUGAGUAAUGCUCCCUAAGUAGUACAAAAGCUAAUGGAUUUCUGCCAUCUGAUGUCUUUUGAAUGCAGUACUUCAAAAUCCUAAUUUUGUCUCUGUUGGUAUGUCUUAUUAACAUCUGGAAAACAUACAGAUUUUAUUGGAAAACUACAGUUUGGUAGGCCUUGAGAGUUUUGUGACCUUUCUUUUGCUGUUGUCACCGCACUCACUGACUCCUUUACGGCAUGCUUGAUUACUGGACUUCUGGCUGUCUCUUCCGUUGUAGCAUAUUUAUACACAGUAACUUUUUCUUUCCAUGUGUGCUAUAUGUCUGAGGUUUUGAAAUUUUUAAUAAAAAGUGUGCCAGUAUAAGUAUAAAGCAGUUGAUUUUAGUAACAUUGAACUUUUCAUAAAGUAAGUAAUUAAGAGGUUCAAAGUAUAGGCAUGUUCACUGGUGAAACAGUAGAGGGGAUGCAGGUCUGGAUCAAGACCCAGGUUCAGAAGGUCAGACGCCAAAACAAGAGCAUUCCACUGACCUGGCCGGUUUCAAGAACAGAGGCAAUACGGGGAGUGAGACUACACACCUCCUGUCCCCAGGUUUCCCUCCCUCUCGGACCUUGUCCUUCCAUCCCAGUUCCUCUGGCCUGUUGUCAGUGUUGUUUACUUAUGCUAUAGAGAGGAAGACAGGAGGAAGGGUCCUACACUUUGCCUAAUUGAGCCACUACCAGAUUUGCUGGCAGCUUUGGCCACAUUAUUUGUGAGGUGAUUUUCUUUCUUUGUGUUCAGAGUGACUUGAUUCUGAUUCUUUAUGUUGUUCGUAUGGAGCGGCACUUUAUCUGUGUUUUAGCAGAACUGUUCCUCUGUAUCCUUUACGGUUUUUCCUUGUUUUUGUUUUCCUUUUUAAAUUAUGCAUAGAGUUUUCUGUGUGUGUGAAAUUAAAGCCUUUAUUA